AAAGGAACAGUGUGAACAAAUGACUGUUGGCAUGAAAGUGCACAUCCUCUUUGAAGAACAUGUUCUGAUCUGGUGCGGGUAAAGGACCAGAUGGGAGGGUGGAUAAAAGUAUUGUCAGGCAGAUCUAGAAGAGAAUGGCCAGGUGGGGAGGUCUGAGCUCCCUGCAGGAUCAGUAAGGCUCAGUGUGUCUUAGACUUAAUCCUGCCCCUGCCCUGAUCCACUCAGCCCUCCCUUUCACCCAGCCCCCAGCCUGCCUGAUCCUGCAGCCAAAUGGACUUCUCUCUGGGCCUCCGCUUGGGGCCUCGGAAUAAGAAGUCUACCUACCAGGAGCCCCCUCCAUCCUCUGGGCAUGGGCCUCCAGCUACCUCUCCCUGCUUGUCCUGUCCCCCUUCUGCUUGUGCCUGCCCCUGUCCCAGCUGUCCCCCUGCCACCUGUCCUGGCAAUGCUUGUCCCUCAUAUACAGGUUCCUGCCCUUCCUGUCCAGGCGUCCCUGGCCCACCCUGCACCUGCUCUUGCCCCCCUUGCCCUGCCUGUUCUCCCUCAACUUGUCCCCCCACAUGCAUAGGUGUCCCCUGCUCAAGUCCACCUAUGACCUACUGCCACCACUCGCCUUGCCCCAGUUACCCUUGUUCCACAGGCCAAGCUGCCUGUCAGAGCUCCCACCUGGGCUUCAGUAGCAGCUGCAGCUGUGGCCAUGGCACUGCUUGGAGGCCUCAGGGUUCCACAGGCUGCUGUAGUUUCUGCUUCAGGAGACAGAGGGCUUCUCGAGGGCUCUGUCUGAUAAUCUAGGAUGAGA